AAAUCUUCACUCGAUGUUUACAUUCUGCAACUUUCCUUAGAGAACGUUCGGCCACUAUAGUACCGUCGCAACGAUAUCCGUAGCCAUGGCCCCGUCAGCCACUAACGGCAGUGCAUAUAGCACAUCCAACGGAGUGCACGAGGAUUCGAGAGCUCCUACUAACGGCUACACCAAUGGACAUACGAAUGGACACACAAACGGACACACAAACGGCUUCGCCAAUGGCAACAGCAAUGGCCUGAACGGGCAUGCUCAGCCCUUCGGGCACACAAACGGCCACCGAGUUGGCCAAACCAACGGCCUCAGCAACGGCCACGCCAAUGGCAUCAGCAACGGCAUCAGCAACGGAGUCAGCAACGGCGUGAAUGGGAGUAACGCUCCGUCGAUCAAAGACAAAUCGCAGCCCAUCGCUAUAGUGGGAAUGUCCUGCCGGCUUCCCGGAAAUGUGGCUAGCCCGGCGGAGUUCUGGGAGCUAUGCGCUCGAGCUCGGAGUGGCUAUUCGGAGAUACCCAAAGAGCGCUUCAACACCGCUAGCUUCUACCAUCCGAACCCGGGAAAAGCUGGCUCCCACAAUCCGGUUGGCGGCCACUUUCUCAAUACCGACCUUACAGCGUUCGACGCGCCCUUCUUCAGCCUAACCGAGAAGGAGGCGAUCUCCAUGGACCCUCAGCAGCGCCUACUGCUGGAGUGCACUUUCGAAGCGCUCGAAAACGCCGGAAUUCCAAAGCACACUAUCAUCGGCAAAGAAGUUGGUGUGUUCGUGGGGGGCUCGUUCCCAGAGUACGAAUCCCACUUGUUCAGAGACCCGGACACUAUUCCCAUGCAUCAAGCCACAGGUUGCGCGUACGCCAUGCAAUCUAACAGAUUAUCACAUUUCUUCGACCUGCGGGGUCCCAGUUUUACUACGGAUACAGCCUGCUCAUCAAGUCUGGUCGCACUGCAUGUUGCUUGCCAGAGCUUACGCUCCGGCGAGUCGAACAUGGCAAUCGUGGGCGGAUGCCAUCUGAACAUGCUUCCGGAGUUUUGGAUUUCUUUCUCAAAAUCGCGGCUCUUUUCCGACUCGGGUCGAUCGUUUUCAUUCGAUAACAGAGGUACAGGAUUCGGACGAGGCGAAGGAUGUGGUAUGGUAAUUCUCAAACCGCUCGAGCAGGCUCGCAGAGACAAUGAUCAGAUUAGGGCGAUCAUUGUCGGAAGCGGCAUUAACCAGGAUGGAAAGACUCCCGGUAUUACGAUGCCUUCCGGCGAUGCGCAGGAAACAUUAAUGCGUCAGGUAUAUACAAAUGCCGGACUUAACCCUUCUGAUUGUGGCUUCGUUGAAGCACACGGAACAGGCACACGUGUUGGAGACCCGAUCGAGGCCACGGCCAUUUACAAUGUAUUGGGUGCAGGCCGUUCAGCACGUGAUCCCCUUUAUAUUGGAUCUGUCAAAUCCAACAUCGGCCAUCUCGAGGGAGCUUCUGGUAUCGUGGCAGUUAUCAAGUCUGCCUUGAUGUUAGAGCGUGGUUUCAUUCUCCCUAACUACGAUUUCAAAUACCCCAAUGAGAAGAUACCAUGGAAGCAGUGGAACUUAAAGGUACCUGUCAGCCAACGCCCGUGGCCGCGCAACAAGAAGUACCUCAGCGUCAACAACUUCGGCUUUGGUGGUACCAAUGCUCAUGUAGUCCUUGAGAAAGUACCCUUCAUGACGCGAGGUUCCAAGAACGAUGCCGACCUCAAGGAUGACAACCCCGGACGUAAGCUCUUCGCUAUCACAGCAAAUGACAAGAACACGCUGGAGGGUGUUCUGAAGGCCCUCGUCAUCUACUUGGAGCAAAGACCUGAGAUGUUCCAAAAGGACUUGAUGUCUGAUGUAGCCUACACUCUGGGUCAACGUCGAUCUCAUCUCCAGUGGAGAGUAGCCAUCCCUGCCCUCAGGUCUUUCGACUUGAUCGACGCUAUCAACAGCCAACAGUUCACUCCUGGCAAGGAGGUCGAUCCAUUGAGGAUUGGUUUCAUCUUCACUGGUCAGGGUGCUCAGUGGUACGGUAUGGGACGUGAGCUCUAUGAGCAAUACCCGGUCUUCACCCACGCCAUCGACUAUGCAGAUGAAUGCUUAAGAACCUUGGGUGCUUCUUGGUCACUGGUUGAAGAACUGAGCAAGGAUGAGAAGACUUCUGCUGUCGGCGCAGCCCACAUCAGCCAGCCCUCAUGCACAGCAAUCCAGUUAGCUCUGGUUGAUCUGAUGCGAUCAUGGGGUAUUCGACCUCAAGCAGUGGCUGGUCACUCCAGUGGAGAGAUUGGUGCGGCCUACGCUGCUGGCAUCCUCACCUUUGAGGCCUGUGUAUCUAUCGCGUACCACAGAGGUCGUCUCAUUCCAGUACUGAAGGAGAAGUACCCCGACCUAAAGGGUUCCAUGAUGGCAGUUGGCGGCAGCAAGGAGGAGUUCGAGCCUCUUCUAUCGCAACUCAAAGAAGGAGAGGUCAAGAUCGCAUGUUACAACAGUCCUAGCAGUCUUACCAUAUCUGGUGAUGAGGCUGGUAUCGAUGAGCUAAAGAGGGUCGUCGAAGAGAAGCAACUUUUCAACAGGAAGCUCUUCGUCGACACUGCUUACCACUCUCACCACAUGAACCUCCUCGCUAAGGAGUACUAUGCAUCAAUCGAUCAACUUGAGGGUCCCAUCUCCACUGAAGUCAGAUUCCACUCUUCCUUACUCGGCCGACGUAUCGACGGCACUGAGCUUGAACCAACGUACUGGGUACAGAACCUUACAUGCCCUGUCAAGUUCAACGAGGCCGUUCAAAGUAUGCUCGAGCCUGUCGAUGAACACAGGACCGGUGUCAACAUGCUCGUCGAGCUUGGACCUCACUCUGCUCUCCAAGGACCUCUCAAGCAGAUUCUCAAGACUGUUGGCGGUGACGCAGCUAAGAUCCCGUACGUUUCUGCUCUUGCACGCAAGAAGGAUGCCGUGGGAACUGCUUUAGAUGUUGCCGCAACACUCUUUGCUAAGGGUGCCCCUGUCGAUUUCGAAGCCAUCAACUUCCCUAAGAAGGGAAAGGCGCCAAUGCUCUUGAGCGAUCUGCCUCGUUACCCCUGGAACUACUCUUCCAAGUACUGGCACGAGUCUCGCAUGACUCAAAUGCACAAAAAUAGGACUGCUCCGCGAAACGAUAUCCUUGGUACCCUUGCCAACUUCUCUAACGACCUAGAACCUACGUGGAGGAAUAUUGUGCGACUAGAUGACCUUCCUUGGUUACAACAUCACAGGAUCCAAUCCCUGACCAUCUUCCCCAUGUCUGGAUACGUCUCUAUGGCUGUCGAGGCCGCCGCCCAACGAGCCAUAUCCGCCAACGUACACUUCGAUAAGUUCGAACUUCGUGACGUAUCUGUCAUCGCCCCUCUCGUUAUCCCAGACGAAGAUGUCGAGAUGACGACAACUCUCAGACCUCACCAAGAAGGGUUACUCGUUUCGUCAGAAAUAUGGGACGAGUUCCGAAUCUGCUCAUGGACGAAGAGCAAGGGAUGGAAAGAGCAUUGCAAGGGCUUAAUCGCUGUUCAAGCGCACGAGUCGAACGGUGUGGACGAUGCGAGACAGAGCCUUGCGUCGCGAAUCCACUUACAGUCCACCAUCGCCGACAUCAACAAUACCGCAUCCUCUACUAUUGCUAUGGACAAGCUUUAUGAUAACUUGUCCCAAGUUGGUGUGGCUUAUGGUCCUACUUUCCAAGGAAUUAGCAACUGCAAGGCUUCCAGCACUUGUUCGCAAGCUGAUCUACUUGUUUCUGAUAUCGCUAAGGAGAUGCCAAACCACUACGUCACGAACACUGUCAUCCAACCCUCAUUCCUCGAGUCCCUCAUCUCCAUGUACUGGCCUAUUGCCAGCGCCGGUAAACAAUCGCCGGAUACUAUCUACCUACCAUCGUCCGUAUCAAGCAUAUCGAUCUCAAAAGACAUCGUUGAAAUGAACGAAAAUGCUAGCAAGGCCUACCGAGCAUACUGCCUUGGCUCCCUCCCAGCAGACAGCCCUCGACCGACUAAGGUCUCCAUGUUUGCCACAUCAGCAUCCAAUAUCUCUGAGCCUAUCAUUAAGCUAGAUGAUCUCACCAUCGCCCCCAUACUAGACCGUGAUACACAGACGGAAGAUGCUCACCGCGAGCUAUGCUACAAGCUCGACUGGGAGCCAAUCUUAGAUCCUGUUUCUGUCGAUUCUGACAGUGCAUCAUCCGAAUGGGUUCCCGUUGACGACUUGAAGCUUCCCGAGACUGAAAUCGAAAUUGUAUAUGGAGAUGGCUUUUUACAGGCGCAAGUCGCUUUCAGCUUAGCCGAGGCCUUACAACGAAUAACUGGCAAGCUGCCCAGUACCAGCAGUCUUCUCGAUGCCCGGGCUGAGGGCAAGCUACUCAUCUUCUUAUCCGAGAUCGACAAGCCUCUUCUGUCGCAGUUGAAGGCGAACGAAUUCGAGGCUCUCCAAAGGAUGCUCACCACCGUAGAAGGUGCCCUAUGGGUUGUUCGGGGCGCGUAUGAUAACUCGACGUCACCAGACCUGAACAUGAUUCUUGGUCUGAGCCGAACAAUCCGAUCCGAGACCUUAUUACCUUUCGCCACGUUAGACCUAGACGGACGCAACCAACUCUCCAAUGAGCAGAUCACUGAGGCUGUCCUGAAGGUAUUCACUUCGGUAUUUGGUAAGAGCAGCGCCUUGAACGGCGAGCUCGAGUUCCAGGAGAGAGAUGGUUCAUUCUACACCCCACGAAUAAUUAACGACCCUGUCAUGAAUGAGAUCGUUCACCGGGAGACCAAGCCUUCAGCCCAGCAACCUACACCGUUCGGCGAGGGUGACCGAAAACUGAAGAUGGCUAUUGCAGACGCUGGCGCUCUUGAUACCCUCCACUUCAUUGACGAUGACGCAGCCGAAGCCCCACUCAACGGAGAGGAUAUCGAGAUCCAGGUCAGCGCCGUUGGCGUCAACCACCGGGAUCUCACUGCUGCUCACGGCAAGUUAGCAACCCACGACUUCGGUGUAGAAGCUAGUGGUGUUGUCACCGCCGUCGGAAAAGAUGUCAAGAACAUCUCGAUCGGAGACCGAGUAGCAGCUAUCACGAAGGGUGCCUUCGCCACCUCCACUCGCACCAAGGCGACGUUCGCAUUCAAGCUCCCGCGCGACAUGCAAUUUGAAGAUGGCGCAACUCUGCCGCUGGCUUACACCACGGCCUACUACUCGCUUGUCGAGCUCGGCCGCCUCAGCGAAGACGAGACCGUGCUCAUACACGCGGCAGCUGGCGCCGUCGGACAAGCUGCUAUCUCACUUGCGCAGAUGAUCGGCGCAAAGGUCUUCGCCACCGUCGGCAGCACCGAGAAGAAGGAGUUCCUCAUCAAGGAGUACGGUAUACCAGAGGACCACAUCUUCUACAGCCGCAACCUAUCCUUCGGCAACGCCGUCCGACAAGCGACCAACAACCUCGGCGUCGACGUGGUGCUGAACUGCCUCACCGGCGACGGCCUGCGGGAGAGCUGGAACAGCCUCAACAAGUUCGGCCGCCUGAUCGACAUCGGCGCGCGGGACACGAACACCAGCACGAGGCUCGAGAUGACGCAAUUCGAGCACAACGCGAGCUUCAUGACCGUCGACAUCAUGGCCAUCGCCGCCGAAAGGCCGAAGCUGCUCCAGAGACUUCUCGCCGACGUCGCGAAGCUCAUGCGAUACAACAAGAUCCGCCCCAUCUCUCCCGUCACCGUCUUCCCCAUAUCCGAGGUCGAGUCCGCGUUCAAGACGCUCCAUGCUGCUAAGACGCACGGCAAGCUCGUCGUGGUCCCGCACGCUCACGAUAUCGUCAAGGCUACCCCUCCCAAGAAGCCUGCGCAACUGCUUAAGGCUGAUGCUACUUACAUCCUCAUCGGUGGCACAGGCGGUCUUGGUCGAAGCAUGGCCCGAUGGAUGGUUAGCCGAGGUGGUCGACACCUGGUUCUUGUUUCGCGAAGCGGCAGUGUAACUGGCAAGGUCAAGGAGCUCGUGGACGAAGCUGCGCAAGUUGGUGCCGAGAUCGUUGUUCGUCGCGCUGAUGUAGCCAGCGCCUCGUCUGUCGACGAGCUAGUCAAACACGGCUUGGAAGGUCUACCUCCCGUCAGGGGUGUGGUCCACGGUGCCAUGGUACUCAACGAUGUCCUAUUCGAGAAGAUGACAUACGAGCAAUACACCACCGUCAUCGAGUCCAAGGUCAACGGGGCCUGGAACUUCCACAACGCCCUCGCCACCACACCGCUCGACUUCUUCGUCGCCAUAUCCUCCGUCGCCGGCGCCGUCGGCAACCGGGGCCAAGCCGCCUACGCCGCCGCGAACUGCUUCCUGAACGCGUUCGUGCAGUACCGGCUCGCGCGCGGCCUGCCCGCCUCCUCGCUCGACCUGACCGCCAUCUCCGACUCGGGGUACCUGGCCGAGGACCUGGCGAAGGCGGCCGAAGUCGCCAAGAACCUGGGCAGCGACACCAUCUGCGAGGCCGAGGUGCUGGCUCUGCUCGGCGCUGCUAUAGCGGGGAAGCUGGAGGCGGCGUGUAAUAACCAUACGAUCACGGGAAUGCGCAUGACGCCGUCGAUGCAGCCGUUCUGGACCGCGGACGCGAAGAGCAAGCACCUGCGCGAGGCGAUGGAAGCGGCUGCGGCCGCGGACGCGGCGACGAACGGCGGCGCGAAGGCGAUCUCGUAUAACGCGGCGGUGAAGGCGGCCAAGACGCUCGAGGAGGCCGAGGCCGUGGUGUGCGACGGGCUGGUGCACAAGCUGGCGGCGGUGAUGAUGAUGGAGCUCGAGGACCUGGACGUGACGCGCUCGCUCUCGCACUACCCGCUCGACUCGCUCGUCGCUAUCGAGAUCCGUAACUUCAUCACCCGCGAGUUCGAGCUGCUGUCCAGCGGCUCCAUUCAGACAUUGUCGAAGGCCGUCUGCGUCAAGAGCAAAUUGGUCAACUUCUCUUAGCUUUUCGAUGGGAGAAUGAAGAAUGAGAAGAAGAAGAAGAGAGAGGGGGCUUUGGCCCCCGCCGUCAGGGGGACGGAAAAAAAAAACUUACACGAUUAGAAUGACACGGAAUGAAUGAGGAUUCGCUUCCUAUUUUUCUUAAUCUCUACUACUACUUUUUUUACUUUACCUCUCUCAUCUAUCUUUUCUAGUUGGUUUGGUAUUUUGUCUUCCUUUUCUAUUCCUUUACAUUAACACACUAUUUUGAAAUACGGU